GAAACGAAACUUGAUUAAUCAGUAUGCAACUCAUCUAGAAGAAAACUGUCUAGGGCACUGCAUUAUACUAUAGCGUUUUCUGCUUAUAAGAAACUUUUUGAACAAUAUAUUAGUCAUUUGGAUAUUUUUACUUGUAAAGGGCUUAUCUUUGUUAAAUCUCGAGUAAAGCAAUAAAUGAAAUGAAAGUUUUGUUUUGUUAACGAAAAUAAGCUAUAGUUGAUUAGUUGGAAACGUUCUUUGAGAUACAGUUUAGAAGAAUGGAAUUGACAGAUAAUGCAAAUGGGAACAGAACAAGUAAAAAAGGGGCGGACCAAAGAACAGAUUAUGAAGAUGAAGCUAGGAGACUUCGCAGAUUAUUGAGGCUUUAUUUCUACGCAGCUUUCAAAUGGAAGGGAAACACGUGCUACUUCCAUCUUAUCUACUGUUUUUUCUUUUUGAUACAGAUAACUAAAGUUGCUCUUUUAACGACACAGAUGUUUCACUUUGGAUAUGACCGGGGUAACUUCAGUUCAAGCGUCAACAGGGGACACCUCACCCUUCGUCAUCUCCUCCUUGAACACUGGGACGCGAGUUGGGAAACUCUUCCAUAUCCCCCAGCACAAGGAGACUUUGCCGUGUAUACGAUAAGUGAUCUGGAGAGCGGUAUUAACUAUGCUGUGCAAAACUAUUACAACGCAGAAAAAGAAGCAAUAGGAUACUACAUAAGAAGACCAGACGAUAAAAUGAUUGCGACAGUGAAAUACUUUGAUUUUCCUGGUUUUCAUGAUUCCCAUGUUCAAGAUAGAAUUCUCAUAUCUGACAAAACAUUUCCGAUCGACAAAGGCCUGACAUCAAAGACAACACCUGAGAAUAAGACACUGUAUAGCUACAAUAUAUCACGCGAAUUUGAAUAUUUACAGUUGUCACAGCCAAUUAAAAGAUUGUUGUCUACAACUCUACAUUUCACGAUGCAUUCUGUUCGCUCCCAUGCAGACAGCAAGAAAGCCACAUGUCUUAGAAUAGAGGGUUCGGUAGAAUUUUCCGAUCUCGAUAAUAAUGGUCAGGUAACGGUAGAUCUUGUCACGCAUUCCAGAAGAAUCAGAUGCCGAGAAAUGAAUCUAAAGUUGUCAGACUGGCAACUGGAGAAUGCCUCAGAAAUAUUUGGUACUGCGGUUAUUGUAUUCACCAUCAUCUCAUUGAUUAUAACGGCGUUAACCAUACUAUUUGCAGCCUUUAGCUUCUUGAAAACAAAACAGUUUAUGAAGAAACACUACAGAUCGUACUAUCGACCAGUUGAUAAGGAUGAAGUUGACCUACCCGCAUCGGAAUACUCGCGUUUUAUAAAAUACUGGGAUAUUGCCGUUAUCGUUUCUGACAUCCUUACGUUGUAUGGAACAGUAUGGAUUGUGUUUAAUACAGUGCAAAGUGAAUGGGUUCUGGAAAUACUGGAUUCUUACACAGUGUGGCUUGGAGUCGGGUGUGUUCUUGCGUGGAUCAGUCUUCUUCGUUUCUUCAAAUUCCAUAAUAAAUUCCAUCUAUUGUUUAGCACAUUAUACCGUGCUUUCUGGGAUGUGAUUGCGUAUCUCGUAUGCGUUGCUGUGUUAUACAUUGGUUUUUGGGUGUGUGGGUAUGUUGUUAUGGCUCCGUAUCAUGUCAAGUUUAAAACGCCCGCAGCGGCUGCGGAAACGUUGUUUGCUGUUGUAAAUGGUGAUGAAAUAUAUGCCACAUUAGCUAUUCUGGAGUCUGACAAGAGCGGAGGUAACUGGGUGUGGUGGUUCUCUAGGUUCUACAUUGGAGCAUAUGUUGCUAUAUUCACCAUCGUGGUUAUCAACCUGCUGAUAGCACUUUUUAUGAGCGCUUACGAAUCCAUCAAGUCAUACUACGAGGACAAACCAGAUGAAAGAGAAUUGGGUCCGAUGGAAAAGGCUUUACGCCGUGUUCUUGAGCAACAAGCAGAAAGAAGCAAUUUACGUUCUUCAAUAUAUGACUUGAUGACCGAAGGGAAAGCACUCUCCAAAGAAGAAUCAUCACUAAGACUGGAACUUGCAAAACUUGUUCGAGUUUCAAAAAGCAAGAAUGACGUGGUUCUCCUAAAGCCGAGGACAUUGAAAGCGUUUAUGGAAGAUGAAGAUGACAAAAGUAAAAAGACGAAAUGCGGCUGUAUCUCUUGUUCUUUCACUUUGUUCUCCAAUGAUCAGGAAUCUGAAGGUAAAUAAUGGUACAUUUAAUAUUGGCUAUUGAGGGACGACUAAACUUUUGAGGUCAGGUGACAGAAAUGUGUCGAUUGUUUAAACGUUGAAGACCCAGGCUUGAUAAAAUUAUCAGGCUGACAAAAAAAGGAAACGUUCUGACAAUUUUCAGGAGGCCAAGCUGGAUAAAAUUAUCAGGCUGAAAAUAGUAACGUUCAGACAAUUCCCAGAAGACCAAGGCUGGAUAAAAUUAUCAGGCUGAAAAAUAGCUUGCCUCCAGAUAUACAUUCAAGCUACAUUUAGCUCGAGUUGGUAUGAAAUCCAUUGAAGGCAUACUACGUGGAACUGGAAUACAUUUAUCUAAUGUCUGGUAUAAGAAUUUAUAGCUCAUAAAAUGUUAUUUCUUUUUUCCCCUACAAGGCGUUUGACAUUUACAUGUUCUUAGAUAGUGUAUAGAUAGUGUAUAAAGUUGUCAUCGGUAUUAUGUUCAUCAAUACAAUGGGAAUUCAAUUGACUAGUCACAUUUUGAGUUCCUGAAGGACCUAAUUGAAGCGAUUCUGAACAUUUCAGAAUAUAAACGGAAAAAUAUGUUAUUUGCAACAAGUUUUAUAAACUGGAUGAAAACAUUUAAGGGUUAAGGCUGUGUACAUUGCAUUAUCAUAAACAUAAUACAUCGAGACUGAUGUACUUCUAGGAGAAGCAGUUUCUACAAGCACAUACGUACUUGAAACAGUCAUAAUAAAUAUGAUAUUUAAUCAAACUAUGAUUGUCGAGUGUAAAUCAUAUAGACAUACUUGUUUAGUUUUCGAUCUGUAAAGUUGUUUGUUUUUUAUUGAUUAAUAACAAAUACAGUUUCAUUUAUUUAUAAAUGCGUUAAUAUAUAAUUAUAAUGGUUGUUGUAAUA